AUUUCAAAUCUCAUUUUGGGCAGACUCUGUAGUCCAUCACCAUCUAACCAAUACCACCAUCACUGCCAGCUGCCUUUCGCAUCGAUCAGCUGGACGCAUAUCUACCCUCACUCAGUGCCAUCGUUGCGCGCCCAUCGACCCUCCCCCGGUGCAUACCUCCACCGCUUGCACUCUCUGCGGCCAUGGCCACCUCAACCUCGCAGCCGCGAACCCUCUACCAGAAGAUCUUCGACAGCCACAUCGUCGACGAGCAAGAUGACGGCACAUGUCUGAUGUACAUCGACCGACACCUGGUCCACGAAGUCACCUCGCCCCAAGCUUUCGAAGGUCUGCGCAACACCAACAGGCGCGUACGCCGUACCGACUGCACCCUCGCCACCGUGGACCACAACAUCCCCACCAUCUCACGCAAGGCGUACAAGGAGACCAAGUCCUUCGUCGACGAGGCCGACUCGCGGACGCAAUGUUUGACCCUCGAGGACAAUGUCAAGGAGUUUGGUCUGACCUUCUUCGGUCUCUCUGACAACCGACAGGGAAUCGUGCACAUCAUCGGCCCCGAGCAGGGAUUCACCAUUCCCGGCGCUACCAUUGUCUGCGGAGACUCCCACACCUCAACACAUGGAGCUUUCGGAGCUCUCGCAUUCGGUAUCGGUACAUCGGAGGUCGAGCACGUCCUAGCCACUCAGACCAUCCUGCAGAAGAGGGCAAAGAACAUGCGGAUCCAGGUGGACGGAGAGCUGGGACCCGGCGUUACAUCGAAGGAUAUUAUCCUCCACGUCAUCGGUAUCAUCGGUACCGCUGGAGGAACAGGUAGCGUAGUCGAGUUCUGCGGAACUGCCAUCGAGAAGCUGUCAAUGGAGGCCAGGAUGUCUAUUUGCAACAUGUCCAUCGAGGCAGGCGCCCGUGCUGGUCUCAUUGCCCCAGACGAGAUCACCUACGAGUACAUGAAGGGAAGGCCCCUGGCUCCCAAGGAGGGCAAGGCCUGGGAUGACGCCGUGCGAUUCUGGAAGACUCUGCCUUCGGACGCGGGAGCCAAGUACGACGUCGUUGUGAAUGUCGAUGCCAAGGACAUCCCACCUACCAUCACAUGGGGUACCUCGCCUCAGGACACCGUGGCCAUCACUGGCAAGGUACCUGACCCCAAGGAGGCAAAGGACGAGAAGCGAGCUGCCUCCAUCACUCGUUCCCUGGAGUACAUGGGCCUCACGGCAGGUACACCCAUGGAGGAGAUCAAGCUGGACAAGGUCUUCAUCGGUUCUUGCACCAAUGCUCGAAUCGAGGAUCUCAGGGCAGCAGCCAAGAUCCUGUACGGCCGCAAGAUCGCUCCUCACAUCUACGGUAUGCUCGUACCCGGCUCUGGUCUAGUGAAGCGACAGGCUGAGGCAGAGGGUCUGGACAAGAUCUUCACUGCUGCCGGCUUCGACUGGAGGGAAGCCGGUUGCUCAAUGUGUCUUGGUAUGAACCCUGACCAGCUCUCGCCCGGAGAGCGAUGUGCCUCUACAUCGAACAGGAACUUCGAGGGCAGGCAGGGAGCAGGUGGUAGGACGCACUUGAUGUCGCCUGCCAUGGCAGCCGCUUGCGCCAUCACUGGUUACCUGACCGACGUGAGGAAGAUCGUCGCCGGUACCGAAAACAAGGUUGGCCCCUCUGCCAAUGCUCCCGCCUACGAGGUGCAGAUCACCGACUCCAAGGCCUAUCUUGGUGAGCUGCCAAUGGCCGCUCCUGCUCCGCAAGAGCCCGCCAAGGCAACGACUGACGAGGACACGAUCCGCGACGUACCUGCCUCGACUACUGCCACCUCUGGCGGCGGAAUGGAGAAGUUCACCGUCCUCAAGGGCAUUGCCGCCCCUCUGGAUCGUGCCAACAUCGACACUGACUUGAUCAUCCCCAAGCAAUUCUUGAAGACGAUUAAGCGCACUGGUCUGGGCUCGGCCUUCAUGUGGCCCAUGAGGUACGACACCAAGACAGGUGAGCCCCUGCCAGACUUUGUCCUCAACAAAGCUCCUUGGAACAAGGCCAAGAUCAUCGUCUCUCGCGACAAUUGGGGUUGUGGUUCCAGCCGAGAGCACGCCGCCUGGGCCAUGCUCGACUUUGGUGUCCGAGCCGUCGUCGUCCCUUCGAUUGCCGAUAUCCAUGCUACGAACAUUUCCAAGAACGGCAUCGUUGCUGCCAUCCUGCAGCCCGAGGAGGUGGACCAGGUGAUGCAGGCGGCCAAGGCCGGAGAGGAGGUGAGCGUCUCCCUUGAGGAGAUGAAGGUGACGCUGGAGAACGGCGCAAGCUUCUCCUUUGAGAUGAACUCUUUCACCAGGCACUGCCUCAUUAACGGACUUGACGACAUCGACCUCACAAUGGAGAAGGCGGACCGCAUCUCUGAGUUUGAGGUAAAGAGGAGCGCAGAGACGCCCUGGCUGGACGGCUUCGGCUACACAAAGGCGGGAGUUGUUGGUGGGAAGCUGGAGCCUUUGAUGGACAAGGCAAAGAAGAGCGUCAACAAGGUCGCCGGUACCGACUGGUAGGCGGGUGUGGAGGUGAAGUCACAGGAAGACAAGGAGCUGGAGGAAGCAGGCAGGAAGCAGGCUUGUGGGAUUAGCAGAUGUACUACCUUACAUACAAAAAGAAGCGCUGUUCGAAUCCGAUUUCGAGUGUAGCGAAAUUUGAAGACUUGCUUGCCUUCUCAUCUUUGACGUCGUGUUGGAAGUGGUAUUGAGCCCAUGAGUCUAUAGAAUGUUUGAACAAUGACGAUGACCUUUGAGCUUCUCUCUCGCACUCUCUCCUCGCCACCACCUCACCUCACCUCGCUCCUCCUCCUGCUCCUCCCGCUCCGCUCAUCUGUGCCCAACACUCCUCCACUGCCCUCUUCUGUGCUGCCCUGCCUAGCAAUUCCUCCUUGCACCACUCUCUCCAAACCCCCGCCACCUCUUCCUUUCGCGCGGCCAACAAUCCCAAUUCCUCCCACAUUGCUGCCCUCACCCUCUCGCGUCGUUGCAGCAGUCGCUCAAU